UUGGAUCUCCAGAUGGAGUCUCCGCCCGUUCUGAUGAUCGACGCUCCAUCCCAAUCUUCCGGCGCAUUGAUCUCCGGCCGUCUACGCAUCACUCCCACCGGCGACGACACGAUUCUCGAGUCCAUCGCCAUGUAUCUCGAAUGCACAUCUGCCACCAAACGACCCGUCGCCGACCGUUGCCGCGAAUGCGCCACACAAGUCAAAGACCUCUACGAAUGGAACUUCCUCGCCAAACCCAAAUUCUUCACCGCGCAAGAUGGCGUGCAGGAACUUCCCUUCUCUCACCUCAUUCCCGGCCACCUUCCAGCCACCACUCACGGCGCUCUGGCAUCCAUCGAAUACUCUCUCCACGUCCGCGCUCGCGCAUCCACCGGUGAAGAGGUCGAGCACCGCCGUGCCCUUACCAUCAACCGCGCCCUCCGCCCGGGAAAUGACAAGAACUCCAUCCGCGUAUUCCCACCUACCAAUCUCUCGCUCCACGUCACCCUCCCCAAUGUGGUCCACCCGAUCGGCGACUUCCCUGUCUCUUGCCGCAUGACCGGCAUCACCACCAAACGCGAUGACACGCAAACCCGCUGGCGCCUUAGGAAGCUCACGUGGCGCAUCGAAGAGCACGAAGUCGCCAUCUCACCCGCCUGUUCCCAGCACGCAUCUAAAGUUGGAGGCGAGGGCAAAGGCCUGCAACACGAAUCCACACGGGACAUCGGCAUGGACGAGCUGAAGCAAGGAUGGAAGACGGACUUUUCAGACGGCGCGAUCGAGGGCGAGUUCACCUGCGCGAUUGACACCUCAGCCCGACCGCAGUGUUCCGUCGAAGCGCCGAGCGGGUUGAAGAUCUCCCACAACUUGAUCCUUGAACUCGUCAUCGCGGAGGAGUGGGCGCCGAACAAGAAGCCGAGCCAAGCGACUCCAACGGGUGCAGCGAGGGUGUUGCGGACGCAGUUUGCCCUGAACGUGACGGAGAGGGCGGGCAUGGGAAUCGCAUGGGACGACGAGCAGCCGCCGAUGUACGACGAUGUACCCGCCAGCCCGCCGCAUUAC